AUGAAGCUCGCUGGUGCUGUCUUGCUGCUUGGGGCUGCCCUGCUCCUGACUUCAGGGGGAGAUUGUGGCAUUUGCCCAGCUAUAAAACAGGAUGUUUAUCUAUUUCUUCACGGGACCCCAAAAGAAUAUUUUGAGUAUGUGAAAAAAUACAAAGAUGACCCUGCCAUAGUGGAAAAUACUGAAAAACUCAAGCAAUGUGUCGAUAGCACAUUGACAGAGGAAGACAAGGCACACGCAUUCGCUUUCAUCGAAAAAAUAGAAGCCAGCCCAGCAUGUUGAUGGAUAUGUCUUUGCUCUCAAGGAAGCCACUUGCCUGCUCACCAGCAUAGAUGCAACAAGCCCUACCCCUUCCCUCCAGGUGUCUAAGAACAGGAAUCCAACAUUAAAGGCCUUACAAUUAACAGAGGAGCCUGGGUUUUUGGAUUCGAGGUUGGGUCUGAUUGGGUUGAAGGAUAUCGCAGGGAAAACCAGUGGGACUUUGAAGUGCCAUCGCUCAAUUGUGGUGCUUCCAAAAUACCUUUGCAUAGAGAAUGCUAAGAGACCAUAGUCACUAUACCAAAG